AUGUCCCGCCGUAAACAGGGCAACCCGCAGCACUUGUCCCAGAGGGAGCUCAUCACUCCAGAGGCUGAGCAUGUGGAGGCCGCCAUCCUCGAGGAAGACGAGGGUCUGGAGAUAGAGGAGCCGGGCAGCCUGGGGCUGCUGGUCGGUGGCCCCGACCCUGACCUGCUCACCUGUGGCCAGUGUCAGAUGAACUUCCCCCUGGGGGACAUCCUGGUUUUUAUAGAGCACAAGAAGAAGCAGUGUGGGGGCAGCCUGGCUGCCUGCUACGACAAAGGCCUGGACAAGGGUAGCCCACCACCCUCCUCGCGCUCCGAGCUCAGGAAAGUGUCCGAGCCCGUGGAGAUCGGGAUCCAGGUGACCCCCGACGAAGAUGACCACCUGCUGUCGCCCACGAAAGGCAUCUGUCCCAAGCAGGAGAACAUUGCAGGGCCGUGCAGGCCUGCCCAGCUGCCAGCGAUGGCCCCCAUAGCUGCCUCCUCCUCCCACCCUCACACAUCCGUGAUUACUUCACCUCUUCGUGCCCUGGGCGCUCUCCCGCCCUGCUUCCCCGUGCCGUGCUGCAGCGCGCGCCCCGGCUCGGGCGACGGGCCUCAGGGUGAGGGUCAGACGGAGGCUCCCUUUGGAUGCCAGUGUCAGUGGUCAGGUAAAGAUGAGCCUUCCAGCUACAUUUGCACAACAUGCAAGCAGCCCUUCACCAGCGCGUGGUUCCUGCUGCAGCACGCGCAGAACACGCACGGCUUCCGCAUCUACCUGGAGCCCGGGCCGGCCAGCAGCUCGCUCACGCCGCGGCUCACCAUCCCGCCGCCGCUGGGGCCCGAGGCCGUGGCGCAGUCGCCCCUCAUGAAUUUCCUGGGCGACAGCAACCCCUUCAACCUGCUGCGCAUGACGGGCCCCAUCCUGCGCGAGCACCCGGGCUUCGGCGAAGGCCGCCUGCCCGGCACGCCGCCGCUCUUCAGCCCGCCGCCGCGCCACCACCUGGACGCGCACCGCCUGAGCGCCGAGGAGAUGGGGCUCGUCGCCCAGCACCCCAGUGCCUUCGACCGAGUCAUGCGCCUGAACCCCAUGGCCAUCGACUCGCCCGCCAUGGACUUCUCGCGGCGGCUGCGCGAGCUGGCGGGCAACAGCUCCACGCCGCCCCCCGUGUCGCCAGGCCGCGGCAACCCUAUGCACCGGCUCCUGAACCCCUUCCAGCCCGGCCCCAAGUCCCCGUUCCUCGGCACGCCGCCGCUGCCGCCCAUGGCCCCCGGCGGCACGCCCCCGCCGCAGCCGCCGGCCAAGAGCAAGUCGUGCGAGUUCUGCGGCAAGACGUUCAAGUUCCAGAGCAAUCUCAUCGUGCACCGGCGCAGCCACACGGGCGAGAAGCCCUACAAGUGCCAGCUGUGCGACCACGCGUGCUCGCAGGCGAGCAAGCUCAAGCGCCACAUGAAGACGCACAUGCACAAGGCCGGCUCGCUGGCCGGGCGCUCGGAUGACGGGCUGUCGGCCGCCAGCUCGCCUGAGCCCGGCACCAGCGAGCUGGCGGGCGACGCGCUCAAGGCGGCCGACGGCGACUUCCGCCACCACGAGAGCGACCCGUCGCUGGGCCCCGAGCCCGAGGAGGACGAGGAGGAGGAGGAGGAGGAGGAGGAGGAGGAGCUGCUGCUGGAGAACGAGAGCCGGCCCGAGUCAAGCUUCAGCAUGGACUCGGAGCUGAGCCGCAACCGUGAGAACGGCGGCGGCGGCGCGCUGGGCGCGGGGCUGGGCGCGGGGCUGGGCGCGGGCGCGGGCGGCGGGGCCGGGCUGCCGGGCGCGGGCGGCGCGGCCAAGGCGCUGGCCGACGAGAAGGCGCUGGUGCUGGGCAAGGUCAUGGAGAACGUGGGCCUGGGCGCGCUGCCGCCGCCCUACGGGGAGCUGCUGGCCGACAAGCAGAAGCGCGGCGCCUUCCUCAAGCGCGCGGUGGGCGCGGGCGGCGACCCCGGCGGCGGCGGCGGGGGCGGCGGCGACGACGACGCGGGCGACGCGGGCGCGGGCGGCGCGGUCAACGGGCGCGGGGGCGGCUUCGCGCCGGCGGCCGCCGAGCCCUUCCCGGGGCUCUUCCCGCGCAAGCCCGCGCCGCUGCCCAGCCCCGGGCUCAACAGCGCGGCCAAGCGCAUCAAGGUGGAGAAGGACCUGGAGCUGCCGCCCGCCGCGCUCAUCCCCUCCGAGAACGUGUACUCGCAGUGGCUCGUGGGCUACGCCGCGUCGCGCCACUUCAUGAAGGACCCCUUCCUGGGCUUCACCGACGCGCGCCAGUCGCCCUUCGCCACGUCGUCCGAGCACUCGUCCGAGAACGGCAGCCUGCGCUUCUCCACGCCGCCCGGGGACCUGCUGGACGGCGGCCUGUCCGGGCGCAGCGGCACGGCCAGCGGCGGCAGCACGCCGCACCUGGGCGGCCCGGGCCCCGGCCGGCCCAGCUCCAAGGAGGGCCGCCGCAGCGACACGUGCGAGUACUGCGGCAAGGUGUUCAAGAACUGCAGCAACCUCACCGUGCACCGGCGCAGCCACACGGGCGAGCGGCCGUACAAGUGCGAGCUGUGCAACUACGCGUGCGCGCAGAGCAGCAAGCUGACCCGCCACAUGAAGACGCACGGGCAGAUCGGCAAGGAGGUGUACCGCUGCGACAUCUGCCAGAUGCCCUUCAGCGUCUACAGCACCCUGGAGAAACACAUGAAGAAGUGGCACGGCGAGCACCUGCUGACGAACGACGUCAAGAUCGAGCAGGCCGAGCGCAGCUGA